CAGUGCACUUUCGCACGCACGAAUGUAAACAAUCCUUCGAGAUCGUGCACAGCCACCAGCAACGCGGCACGAUCCCAGCGCUCAAUUUCGGUCCAUUUUCUCGUGUUUUUUGUUUCACAGAAACAUAUCAUUGUCAUUCUCUGCAGUGCUGUAAGUUUUUGACCGGAUAUGAACCUUGCUCGCGCACCUUUCCGACCCUAGUGUUGCCAACUAUCCCCUUUCAAAAAUACACCACUAACCAGCUUGCAUCUUGCUUUCUGCACGACAAUCUGUUAAAAAUCUUCCCCUGUGUGACUGUGUGCUGCCGCUACUGCCGCUUUCGAACCUUUAACCAUCUCAACUCACCAUGUCAAGGUUGCAAAGCAAGCGGGAACUCUUCUUCAAAAACGAGCUGCCCAACGCAGGGUCCGGCGCCGUGACGGCCAACAUGACCUCUGUGCCCGCCCCCUCGGUGCUGGGACAGCCGCCGCAGCUGCCGGACACUAAGCCGCCCCCGCCGUCCAACAAAGAAAUGGUCACCGCUCUACUGGCCAAGAGGGAGGCAGCCGCCGCUGCAGCCGCCGCCAACACCAACCACACUGCCGACAACAAGGAAAACAGGUUCAAGGAACGAGACAAGGACGAAAAGCUGCAGGCUGUGCGAAAGCCGCAACCUGCAACCAAGCAGUUGGACGGCUACGUUGGUUUUGCCAGUUUGCCCAACCAAGUUUACAGAAAGGCAGUGAAACGGGGCUUUGACUUCACGCUCAUGGUGGUCGGCGAAAGCGGGCUGGGUAAAUCAACGCUGGUCAACUCGAUGUUCCUCUCGGACAUUUACUCAAAUCAGUAUCCUGGGCCGUCUGAGCGCGUGGCCAAGACUGUGCGUGUUGACACCACGAGAGUGCUGCUCAAGGAAAAUGGUGUCAACCUUACACUCACUGUGGUCGAUACUCCAGGAUUCGGCGAUGCCGUUGACAAUUCAAACUGCUGGCAACCAGUGUUGGAUUAUGUGGAGGCGCGUUAUGAGGAGUACCUAAACCACGAGUCGCGAGUAACAAGGCAGUUGCCGGCCCCAACAGUGGUGGUGCCGCCCUCGACGCAGCCGCAAGCUCCUCUGGACGGCCGCGUGCACUGCUGUCUUUACUUCAUCGCGCCUUCAGGCCACGGUCUGAAGCCUCUCGACGUGGAAUUUAUGCAGCGUCUCCACGAUAGGGUCAACAUUGUGCCAGUGCUCGCCAAGGCCGACACCAUGACCCCUGAGGAGUGCAUUGCCUUCAAAAAGCAGAUUUUGCAAGAAAUCCACCAACACAAGAUAAAAAUCUAUGAAUUCCCCGACUCUCCAGAAGAUGACGAAGAUGCCAAGCAGAACGCCAAGUUGAAGGCUAGAGUUCCGUUUGCUGUCGUUGGAUCAAACACUGUUUUGGAAGUCGAGGGAGGAAAGAGGAUCAGAGGAAGGAGAUAUCCGUGGGGAAUCGCUGAAGUUGAAAAUCUGGAGCACUGUGACUUUUUGGCCAUGCGAAACAUGCUUUUGCGCACGCACCUUCAAGACCUGAAAGAAAUCACUAGCAGCGUGCACUACGAAAACUUCCGAUGCCGGAAACUGGCCACCCUGGGCACUGAGACCAACAAGUCAACCCUGUCUAAUGUUCUAAGCACUCAAAUGGAUUCAUUUAUGGCAGUAUGGAACCCUCUUGCUCAAAUGGAGGAGGAAAAGAGGGAGCAUGAGACCAAGAUGAAGAAGAUGGAGGCUGAGAUGGAACAGGUGUUCAAGAUGAAAGUGUCAGAGAAGAAGCAGAAACUGAAGGAUUCUGAGGCAGACUUACAACGAAGACACGAGCAAAUGCGCAAGUCUCUCGAGCAGCAGCAGAAGGAGUUAGAGGAGCGCCGGACUCAGUUUGAGAGGGAGCGAUUGUCUUGGGAGCAGAGCACGGGUGUCACCAUCGAAGAACUCAGGAGGCGCUCCCUUGAGGCCAACUCAAAAGAAACUGUCGAUGGCAAGGACAAGAAAAAGAAGAAAGGUCUUUUCUGAGUGUUAGACAGCUCGUAAAAAUUGCGAGCCCCUCAACCUAAACAACAUGAUGCAUAACAAAACCUACCACCAACCUCACUGUCUCUCAGUGGUGAACAAUGACUCUUGUAUUAUUAUAUUUCGUCACGAGUAACCGCAACUUGGCGCCUGAGUGAGAGCUAUUUUGAGCUACCCUCGUCGAGCCAGCUAUGAAUUCAGGCCCUCUCCUCAGCUCAGUCUUUGUGCAAUCAUUCUAGCAAACGACAUUCCGUGCCGUGGAUCUUCCUUUUUUAUUUAAAUUAAAUAUUGCUCUCUAAUUUUUAGGAUUUCCUUUUAUUUGCACUGUUUACAAAGCACAAGGAUUUCAAGCGCUUUGCUCAAACAUGUUUUGAACCAAUUCGGGUCUUUGCAUUUAAAAUUGAUUUGCACUUAUUUUGUACGCGAGUACUUAGCUGGUUGAUAGUAUAACACUAAAUUUGCCGGGUGACUUCAAUAACAUCCCCAUUUCCGAAACUCAAUGUGUUCUGACUUAAAAAUUAUAAUAUAAUUUAUGUUUGAACAAAUUAAUUCCAAAUCCCUCUUCUGAGGAUCAGUGCAGUUUGUCCUUCGGACCAGAAAAAAUAUUUUAAUGAUCAUAAUUGUGUAUGAUGAGUGACGAUCAAAGGAAAAGAAUUGUACUAAAUAAACCAGCACAGCAUUAUGGGUCAUAUAAAUUCCAUGCAGUUUCAAGGUGGGUUUCGAUUUGGCGCGGGGCGUGUGAUUUGCAGGCCACCUCACGCCGCAGUCGGUCUCAAAUCGGAUUGCUUGUCCGGUCUGCUAUCUGAAGCGUGCCUGUGUAAACGAAUGCACCUACUGCUUACCGAGGAAGGAGUGAAAUUUUCAAGUGUCCCAGGGACUCUUCCUCUGAUUCCUAGUCUCCACUCUGUGCCCACCUGCCAUAUGAAGUAAUGUAAUAUUUACAUAGUAUUAAUUAUUACUGUGUGCGUGUGCACACGACUCUGAGAAGGUGGGUGCGAAUCUUGAAUCUGGCGCGACUCAAUGUGCAGACCCUGCAGUGGAUUGGCGAACUACCCUUUCCGCCGAAUCGGAAACUGACCUUGCAUUUCUUUGAGGCGAAUGUUUGUGCCAAUGUGUCGGUUAUUCAUGAAUCUACUACAUCCCGCUUUUGAACCUUUGAGCUGUCCGAAAGCAAUUUUCUAAAUACUAGUGGCUGCGUCGAAUUACAUUUCACCUAUAUCAUAAUAUCUCGCAGCAGUGUGUGUGUGGUUGCUCCUCACUUUAAUUCUUCGCAAACAUUUCGCAUAAGCUCACACAACUUUGCAGCCAAUCCAGAAAUUCGGCACCAUUUUCUCUCAUCUCUCACUCGGUCGUCGCUCAGAUGGCUCAAUCGUUCAUCAGCACACUAUACAUAUAAGCAUGUAAGAGUAUCCCAUUUUUUAACUAUGUAAAUAGGAACAAGAAUGUUUUACUGUUUGCAUUCUCAAGCAAAAGCGAAGUAAUCAUUUAAUCGGUAGGUUAUAGCUUUCAAAAUUAUGUGUUACGAAAGAGACUUUCAAAAUAUACAAAUAUAUUAUAUUCCUUGGCAAUCUAAGGUGUAACGCAGAUUUGAUUUUUAAAGUUUGAAUGCUCAGACUGAAACUGGAAUUAGUUGAAAAACUGCUUUCUUAAAGAAAGACAGAAACAGGAGAUUGAACUUCCAACAGAACCAAUACAAUGCCAAUCUCCAAGUCCAAAGUGUUGACAUAGUCUCCACACGACCUAAUCAUAAUUGACAGUAGCAGGAUUUUUUUUUUAAUUUGCUCUGCAGAUGUUUUGGGACACUUGUUGCAAUUUUUGCUGAAUUAUUUUGCCAUCUCCCCCCGUCUUGAGUUCUGUUCGCUUUGUUCAUUAGCUAGUUUUAAUCCAAAGAAAUUUGUAUGUUAAUCUUAAGUGCGUCUGGAUAGGAAAUUCUGUUUGGUCAGCAUUAUUUUAUUCACACCGUUGGAACACAUCUGUCAAAAUUCUACUUCCCUGCCAUUUGCUACUCUUUCUAUUUUGAUGUUCCUUUUUUAAUUGUCUCUAAUUUACCUAGUUUAACCUUUAGCUUGAAACAAUACACUAUAAUAAUUGACA